UAGUAUUAUCGCUGCACGGGUUAAUCCAGUGCGCUUUUAGGAGAAUUGUCCGUCACGACCACUAUCGGUUAAAGUAAGGGAGCACUGAACGGUCUGUUGUCUGAAACGUGCUAGUGCUAUGUUUCGCAUUGAGGGUUUAGGCCAAAAAGUGGAUCCCGAAGAGAUGAAAAAGAAGAUGCGACAGGAUGUGUUAAAAUCUGUGCGGUAUUUUUUGAUUUACGUCGCUCUGCUAAGAGUCACACCAUUCAUUCUGAAGAAAUUGGAUAGCAUAUGACGAGCAGAAGGUGUUUAAAGAUGCAUGUUUUGGAGAAUUGAAAUAGACUGCUUGCUGGAACCCAGCAGUAACUGAAGUCAAGGAACAGAUUUUUGAAACUUUGUGAAAACAACGUUUAAAAGGGCUAAAUCAACUGGAUGAGUUUUGUAAAGUGCAAUGUUUUUUUUUUUCAACAGAGAAUUAGGAAAGUUUCUUCCAUUUCCAAAAAUGACACUAGCUCUAACAGACUUUCCUUGCACUGGACUGCAGACCACAUUUUUUCUGUACAUUGCCUAUAGUUUAAUACUGUAUGCAAGCCAGUUUACUGGUAUUAAAGAAAACUUCAUUUAAAUCCUUUAACUAGUGUUUAGUUCAGAAAAAUAGACCCCCUUAUUUCCUCCAGAACUCUUGAAACAAAUCCAUUGUGUUUAGUUGGACUUAACUGAUUAUGUACUUGAGUUUUUUUAAUUUAACACCUACUGUCAGUAGUACCAUAUGUCAGGAGUUUGUGAUCCCUUGAUGCAUAUUGAGUUAUUCUGGGGACUUGCAUUCACCUAGUGUGUGCCAUACAGAACUCCAUAGGACAUUUCUGUUAAAAGUGAAUAUUUUGUAUUGGCUUUCUUACUUCCCUUUGGAGGCAAGAGAAAAUCCUAGGAACUUUAUGCCUCUGGAGUAAUUGUUUAGACUCCCCAGUAACCUUAAGAGAAUCUGUACACUUACUGUUGAACACCAACAUUACUUUCACUGACAGAUAAAUUGAUAAGCACGUACAGUUACUGGAACUUUAGCUCUUGUUCUGGCCCUAAUAAAGAAAACUGUUCUAGUCAAGUCACCACACUUCACAACUGUAGAUGAAAUGACUAUGGUGAAAGUUCUGGUAAUGAUAACGUACAGUGAAGGCUAAAAAGUGUGGAAACUAUAACCCCAGGGACAGCAUUAGACAAGCACAGUGGGAAUGCCUGUGGAGGUGUUUGUACUUUCCUUUCCAAAAAAAAUGGCUAUAUUUAAAAAGAAUAAAACAAAUCUACAAUCACUGCUA